CUCUUCUUACAUUCAUUAAACCCUCUCUAAACCCUAGUACAAGAACACCAGAACAUACAAAAACAGAGGCAGUCUAAAAAAUAGUACAACAGUUGAGCUUGAAGAUAAACCCUAAACAAAAGAAAAAAAUGAGGAAGAAAGUGGAUGAACGCAUAAGAACCCUAAUAGAAAAUGGUGUUAGAAAUCGUCACCGUUCUAUGUUUGUCAUUAUCGGUGACAAAUCCCGUGACCAGAUUGUUAAUUUGCAUUACAUGUUGAGCAAAGCUGUAGUGAGGUCACGGCCUACUGUGCUUUGGUGCUAUAAGGACAAACUUGAACUUAGCAGUCACAAGCAAAAGAGAAAGAAGCAAGUGAAAAAAUAUAUGCAGAGAGGACUACUGGACCCUGAAAAAGUAGAGCCUUUUGAACUUUUUGUUGAAACUGGAGGCGUCAGCUAUUGCUUGUAUAGAGAUUCAGAAAGAAUUCUAGGAAACACUUUUGGCAUGUGUAUAUUGCAGGAUUUCGAGGCUUUGACACCGAAUCUUCUUGCGAGAACAAUAGAGACAGUUGAAGGAGGUGGGCUAAUUGUAUUGUUGAUUCGCACUUUGUCCUCUCUUAAGAGCCUCUGCGCCAUGGUCAUGGAUGUUCACGACAGAUUUCGUACAGAAUCCCAUUCACAGGCUACCCCUCGCUUUAAUGAGCGGUUUAUACUUUCUCUUGCAUCAUGUGAAUCCUGUAUUGUCAUGGAUGAUGAACUAAAUAUUUUACCAAUCUCCUCCCACAUGAAGAAUAUUACUGCUGUUCCAGUUCAAGAGGAUUCUGAGGGUCUUUCGGAAGGAGAAAGGGAGUUAAGAAAUUUAAAAGAACAGUUGAAUGAUGAUUUCCCUGUUGGCCCUCUUAUUCGGAAAUGCUGUACCCUGGACCAGGGAAAAGCAGUGAUCACGUUUCUCGAUGCUAUUCUGGAUAAGACGCUCCGAAGCACUGUUGCUCUGCUUGCUGCUCGUGGCCGGGGAAAGUCAGCUGCUCUUGGGUUGGCAAUUGCAGGGGCUGUUGCUGCAGGGUAUUCUAAUAUUUUUGUAACAGCGCCUAGUCCUGAAAAUCUGAAAACUCUGUUUGCCUUUGUCUGCAAGGGUUUCGACAUGCUCGAGUACAAGGAGCACCUUCAUUAUGAUAUUGUGAAAAGCAAUAACCCGGAGUUUAAAAAAGCUACUGUGAGGAUCAACAUCUAUAAGCAGCACAGACAGACAAUUCAGUAUAUACUACCACAUGAGCAUGAAAAGCUAUCACAAGUGGAAUUGUUGGUGGUUGAUGAAGCAGCAGCUAUUCCAUUACCUGUCGUCAAAUCUUUGCUUGGUCCUUACCUCGUCUUCCUUGCAUCAACCGUCAAUGGCUAUGAAGGCACUGGAAGAUCCUUAUCAUUGAAGUUGCUGCAGCAACUAGAGGAACAAAGUCAGAAGUCCAAAAACACAGAUAGUGCACUUUCAGGUCGGCUUUUUAAAAAGAUAGAAUUGAGUGAAUCCAUUAGAUAUGCUUCUGGCGAUACCAUCGAGCGAUGGCUUAAUGCAUUGCUCUGUUUGGAUGUUACAAAUGCUAUCCCAAGUAUCAGAAGGUUACCACAACCGGGUGAUUGCGAUCUCUACUACGUUAACCGGGACACACUUUUCUCUUAUCAUAAAGAUAGCGAGUUGUUUUUGCAGCGAAUGAUGGCCCUCUAUGUUGCUUCUCAUUACAAAAAUUCUCCAAAUGAUUUACAAUUGAUGGCUGAUGCUCCAGCUCACCACUUGUUUGUGCUACUAGGCCCUGUUGAUGAGUCAGAAAAUCAUCUUCCUGAUAUUCUCUGUGUCGUCCAGGUCUGCCUGGAGGGUCAAAUUUCCCAGGAGUCUGCUAAAAGAGCUCUGAUGGAAGGUCGCCAGCCCUUUGGAGAUCAGAUACCUUGGAAGUUCUCUCAACAGUUUGCUGAUGAUGUAUUCCCAAGCCUUUCAGGUGCCCGCAUUGUACGCAUUGCUACACAUCCGAGUGCCAUGAGGCUUGGAUAUGGUUCUGCUGCCGUUGAACUCCUAACCAGGUACUUUGAGGGUCAGUUGACUCAAUUAUCUGAAGUAGACAGAGAAGAUGCUUUGGAGACUCCUGAAGUCAACGUAACUGAAGCUGCAGAGGAGGCCUCUUUGCUCGAAGAAAAUAUGAGACCGAGAACGGAUCUUCCUCCUUUGCUUGUCCCUUUACGUGAAAGACGACCUGAAAGGCUCCAUUACCUUGGGGUAUCAUUUGGACUUACCUUGGAUCUUUUCCGCUUUUGGAGAAAACAUAAGUUUGCUCCAUUUUUCAUAGGCAAUGCCCCUAAUAGCGUAACUGGCGAGUACACAUGCAUGGUCUUGAAGGCAUUGAAAAAUGAUGAUGUUGAAGCUGCUGGGUCAGAUGAGUGGGGCUUUUAUGGUCCCUACUACCAAGAAUACAAGCGACGGUUAGUCGAACUGUUGGGUUCUACCUACCGGAGGAUGAACUACAAGCUUGCUAUGAGUGUCUUUGAUCCAAAGAUCAACUUUGUAGAGCAGGACCCUGCUUCUUCUGCUUCAAGUGAAUUCUUAAACUUCAUGAAGUUUUUUCUGGAGCCUCAUGAGAUGAAGAGGCUUGAAGCUUACUCAAAUAGCCUUAUUGACUACCCCUUGGUAAGAUUUGAGUUGAUGAUUAGUGAGGAAAUAUGUUAUAUUAAGUAGUGAUGCAAGAUCUCG